AUGAGAUCGUCUCCGACAAAAGAACUUAUGCAGGAGCUUGACGUGUCCACUCUGACAUCUGAAAUGAUGGACCUGGGAUUGUUGAAGGUUCAUGAUACGUCAACAGCAACUUUACCAACUUCGAGUUUAAUGGAUAAUGAGACGAACUGCGGAGAGCAAAUUCUGAGUUACGGGAACGUUGAGAAAGUGCUAAUAGGAGGAAUCCUCACCAUUCUCACUUUUUCAACAAUUUGUGGGAAUUUGCUGGUGGUCAUAUCUGUGUGCUUUGUAAAGAAGCUCAAACAGCCGUCCAAUUACCUGAUUGUGUCCCUCGCCGUUGCAGAUCUAUCUGUAGCAGUAGCAGUGAUGCCCUUUGUCAGCAUCACCGAUCUUAUAGGAGGACAGUGGAUAUUUGGUCGGGUUUUCUGCAACGUCUUCAUCGCUAUGGACGUUAUGUGUUGCACUGCUUCAAUUAUGACGCUUUGUGUGAUAAGUAUAGACAGGUACCUUGGCAUAACUAAGCCCCUGACAUAUCCUGUGAGACAGAGUGGAAAGUGUAUGGCCAAAAUAGUCCUGUCUGUAUGGCUUCUCUCUGCUUCCAUUACUCUGCCUCCACUUUUUGGGUGGGCGCAGAACGUGAACGAUGACAAAGUGUGUCUGAUCAGCCAAGACUUUGGCUACACAAUAUAUUCCACUGCGGUCGCCUUUUACAUCCCCAUGUCUGUAAUGCUGAUCAUGUACUACAGGAUAUACAGAGCGGCCAAGGUGAGCGCUGCCAAGCACACGAUAGCCGGUUUCCCUAGAGCAGAGGACGAGGAUAGCGUGGACUGCGUGACGGCUGCGCUGAAGCUGCAGAGAGAGGUCGAGGAGUGUGCGAGUUUCUCUCGCCUCCUUAAGAACGACCGCAAGAACAUCUCCAUCUUCAAACGGGAGCAGAAGGCGGCAGCCACGCUCGGGAUAGUGGUGGGUGCCUUCAGCGUCUGCUGGCUGCCGUUCUUCCUUCUGUCCACAGCUCGGCCCUUCGUCUGCGGGGUCCAGUGUAGCUGUGUUCCCCUGUGGGUGGAGAGGACUUUGUUGUGGCUGGGGUAUGCCAACUCACUCAUCAACCCUUUCAUAUAUGCCUUCUUCAACAGGGACCUCAGGACCACUUACCACAACCUCAUCCGUUGUCGCUACAGGAAUAUUAACCGAAAACUGUCUGCUGCCAGUAUGCACGAGGCUCUUAAACUGGCAGAGAGACCAGACGUGGUGUUGUAG